AUGAGGCAUACUUUAUUUCCUCUUGUAUCUCUACUCAUUGCCUCCGGCCUUGCUGCAGAUGUCGUUACAAUCACGGCACCAGUAUCAAUCCCAUCCAACGAGCCAGAAUGGAAGGACAAAGACACAUUCACAUCAGCUGUCCUUAACAGCACAAAUUUCUACCGGGAAGAGCACAAUGCCACAGCUCUAAAGUGGAACAAGACACUCGAGGAGUUUGCAUCAGACUACCUCGAUGAUCUCGACGACUGCGAGUUCGAGCACUCAGGCGGUCCGUAUGGCGAAAACCUUGCUAUAGGUUAUCCCAACGUUACAGCUAGCAUCGAAGCAUGGGGUGAUGAGCGGGACAAGUAUGACUUUGACGACGCCGAGUUUGACGAGGGGACGGGCCACUUCACCCAGCUUGUCUGGAAGGAUACCACCACUGUGGGCUGUGGAAGGAAGCUGUGCGGCAAGAAGGGGUGGUAUCUUGUCUGCGAGUACUGGCCCAGGGGCAAUGUGGAGGGACAGUUCGAAGAGGAGGUUAUUAAGGAGGAAGGUGGUGCAUUCACAACGAAACCUGGUGUCGGACUGGCCUUGAUCGUUUUCCUCGGGUACAUUGUUGUCUUCUUAUAA